CAACUUGUAGUAUUAAUAAUUGUGAUUUGAUCGUCCAAUAAUUUCUGCAUUCUUAUCCUUGUUUGUUCAGUCUACAUCUCUACUAUUAUCUACUACAAGAAACUUUCUGAAGGACUCAAACAAAAGAAAAAAUAAUGGAUCUUAAGCUUGGUGCUUGUAUUCUCUCCCUGAAUCUCCUGAUUCUGUUGGUUACUUAUGGAACUGAAGCUAGGAAAAUGGCUGAAAGAAACAAUGUUGUUGUCCAAAAGACUGAUGUCUUUUUCUGGAUUUAUGAUAACCAAGGAGAAAAUGGUUAUCACAAAACACCUAAAGAGAAUGAACAAGUUCAUUCAUUAUCAAAUAACAAGGAUCUUGAAAACAAGGAUGAUACUUAUUACUUGAUAUACAAUAAACAAGGUGAAAAUAUUCAGCAGCAAAAUGGCAAGAUCAAGAAAGAGAAUGGUCAAGUUCAUUUAUCAUCAAAUAACAUGGAUUUCAAAAACAAGGUUGAUAAUUAUAUUCGGAUAUAUGAUAAACAAGGAGAAAAUAAUCAGCAGAAAACCAAAAAAGAGAAUGUCCAUAUCCAUUCAUCUUCCCACAUGGAUCACAUUGAUCCUUCUCUAAGAGUUUUCUUCCUUAUGAAUGAUCUAAAGUUGGGGAAAGCAAUGACUGUUUCCUUCCCAAGAAGGGAUCUUUCUUCUUCUUCUCCUAAAUUCUUGCCCAAAGAAGAAGCUGAUUCAAUUCCAUUUUCACUAAAGGAACUUCCAAACCUUCUUCAACGUUUCUCGUUCUCUCAAAACUCUCCACAAGCUAAAGCUAUGGAAGAUACAUUAAAAGAAUGUGAGGUUCCACCUAUAAAGGGAGAGACAAAGUAUUGUGCCACAUCCUCAGAGGGAAUGCUUGAUUUUGUACAAGGAAUUAUGGGAGAAAAUACUCAAUUCAAAGUUCUAUCGACAACUCAUUUCUCAAAUUCAACUCCUCUGCUUCAAAAGUAUACUAUUUUGGAUGCUCCUCAGGAAGUUGCAGCUCCUAAGAUGGUGGCAUGUCAUACCAUGCCUUACGCUUACGCGAUUUUCUACUGUCAUUAUACAAUUAGUAAGAGCAAGGUGUUCAAGGUUUCAUUAGGUGGUGAAAAUGGUGAUACAGUGGAAGCAAUUGCUGUUUGUCAUUUGGAUACCUCUGAAUGGAGUCCAUCUCAUGUAUCUUUCCGUUUGCUCAGUAUAUUACCAGGAACAUCACCUAUCUGUCACUUUUUUCCAUCCGAUAAUCUAGUUUGGGUUCCAAAAAUUGCUACUGUACAAGAGCUUUGAAAGAUCAGUUACACCAUUUUGGCAGUAGCUUUUACUUCUCUAGUGCCUUAUCUGUUAUUGCUUGUAUGAGUACAAAUAUUUGUAUGUAUCUUUUCAUGUUUUUCUGGUGUACCUCUGGUUUAGAUUUCUCUCCACUAGUGGGAUCUUAAUAAAACAAUAAGAUUUUCUAGAAA